GAAGCCGCCGUGUCGGACGCGGCAGAUUCGCCAUAACCCGCUGCCCGGGCAAUCCACCCCCUGCCGCCCCCAUAAUAGCCUCUUGACGGAGGGGACGCGGUGUGCGCUCGGCCCGGCAGCGCCGCAGGCAUUUUUGGGUUUUUUUUCCCCUUCUCUCUUUCCCCUCCACACUCAUUUUUCUUUAAACCGGGCCGCGCCGCCUGGCUUUCGCUCAGUUCUCCUGCCGUCCCCCGCCCCUUCCCCGCCGCGGUUAUGGAGGCUGCGGCUGCAGGGACCAAUUCCAUCUUCAUGUGUAAGCUUUGUAACUUAUUCUCACCAAAUCAAUCUGAGCUAUUGUCACAUGUCUCCGAGAAGCAUACAGAAGAAGGGGCCAAUGUGGAUGACAUCAUUAUUCCGCUUCAACCUCUGACAGUACCCACAAACACAAGUAAAGAUGGAGAAGAACUUCUUGUAGUGAAGAGGAAAAAGGGCAGACCAAAAGGAUCUACUAAGAAGUUUUGUGUGGAUGAAGACGUGGCAGAAAACAACCCUGUUCCAAGCGAAGAAACACCUCCUGGGACAGAAGAAGGAUCAGAACUGUCUGAAGUCUCACCGGGCAGCCUGGAAUGUAGAAAAUGCAAUCGGAAGUUCUCCAACACACGUCAGCUGAGGAAACAUAUUUGCAUUCUAGUUUUAAAUGAAGGAGAGGAAGAAGGAGAUGGAGGUAAUGAUUCUGACGUUGACCUUGACAGGAAGGAAGAUGAGCGAGAAAAAAAUCCAAAGAGGCCCAGAGUUCAGAAAACAGAGAAAACUCCGUCAACUAAGGAGACUGAACAGAUUUCAGGAGCUAAAAAUCCUAUUAUAAGUGUGGUUUUGACAGCCCAUGAAGCUAUUCCAGGAGCCACAAAAAUUGUUCCUGUUGAGGCUACUCCCCAAGAAACUGAACCCACAACUCCAGAGACAACAGUUCAAGACCCGUCCCAAAGAAAAGGAUAUCAAGAAUAUGCCAUUCAGCAAACUCCGUAUGAACAGGCAAUGAAAUCAAGCAGGUUGGGUCCGACUCAACUGAAGAUUUUUACAUGUGAAUACUGUAACAAAGUGUUCAAAUUUAAACACUCCCUCCAAGCACAUUUGAGGAUUCAUACAAAUGAAAAACCUUACAAGUGUUCCCACUGCAGUUACGCCAGUGCAAUCAAAGCCAACCUCAACGUUCACAUGCGGAAACAUACAGGGGAGAAGUUUAGCUGCGAUUAUUGUACAUUCACUUGUCUCAGCAAAGGCCAUCUCAAAGUCCACAUUGAAAGAGUUCAUAAGAAAAUUAAGCAGCACUGUCGCUUCUGCAAAAAGAAAUACUCAGAUGUUAAAAAUUUGAUCAAGCACAUCAAGGAAACACAUGACCUUCAAGACAAAAAGGUGAAAGAUGUUUUUGACGAGCUUCGCUUGAUGACACGAGAGGGCAAAAGACAACUUCUUUAUGACUGCCAUAUUUGUGAGCGUAAGUUCAAAAAUGAACUCGAUCGAGACCGUCACAUGCUUGUUCACGGUGAUGAAAGGCCCUUUGCUUGCGAGCUCUGUGGUCAUGGAGCCACUAAAUACCAAGCCCUUGAGCUUCAUGUUCGAAAGCACCCGUUUGUAUAUGUGUGUUCUGUGUGUCUGAAGAAAUUUGUCAGUUCUGUAAGGCUCCGUGCUCACAUCAAAGACGUGCACGCAGAUUUGCAGGAGACUUCUGUUUUUAACAGUUCCAUCAAUCAGAGUUUCUGCCUGCUUGAGCCAGGAGGUGAUAUCCAGCCGGAAGCCCUUGGUGAACACCUAGCACAAAGUACAGAUGAAUCGGCUGUCACGAGGACUGAUGCUAUUAACACACCACAGCCAUCUUCUUGUGAGGGAGACUCAACAGCUGCAGCUGUAAACCAUAAUGGUCAGCAGAACGGUGACUUAAAAAUUGAUACGGUCCCUUCCUUAGAAUUUGAAAAUCCUCUGGUGGAGAAUGUAACAGAGACACUGUGUCAGGCAACAGACAUAGCAGUCCCAGAUGUUCAGUCCUGUGAAGCACCAGAUUGCUUUCUGCUGAAAAAUGGUACUUCUGGUCCUGCAAACGAGGAGGAAGUUAAUCACUGCAGUUCUGUAAAGGAGCAGGGUGAAGAAAUUCAGCUUUUGCUGUCUGAAGAGAAAAGUUUAAAUCCUAGUCAGAACAAUGCGGUGACUGAGAACCUUCCAGUUUCUGAAGAGAGAAAUCAGUCUGUUCCUUCUAGUGAAUCAGAAACAAGCAAUCCACCAAUUCAAAAUUCAGCAGAAACCACAAACCCUUUGCCAGCACCAGAAGCUGCUGCAGCCACCAGCCCACAGGCAGCCUCUUCUAAUGCAGUUACAUCAGACAACGGGACUGGAACUGUUGCCUUUAUGCAGAUCUUGGAUAGCUUACAGAAGAGACAAAUGAACACGGAGUUGUGUGAGAGGAUAAGGAAGGUUUAUGGAGACUUAGAAUGUGAAUAUUGUGGCAAGUUGUUUUGGUACCAGGUGCAUUAUGACAUGCAUGUUCGUACCCAUACUCGAGAACAUUUAUAUUACUGCUCCCAGUGCAAUUAUUCUUCCAUCACCAAAAACUGCCUUAAGCGUCACGUCAUCCAGAAACACAGUAAUAUUUUGCUGAAAUGUCCCACAGAACACUGUGACUACUCCACUCCAGAUAAAUACAAGCUCCAGGCACAUCUUAAAGUGCACACAGAACUGGAAAAGAAGAGUUAUUCCUGCCCUGUGUGUGAGAAGUCAUUUUCUGAAGAUAGACUUAUAAAAUCACACAUCAAGACAAAUCACCCUGAGGUUUCAAUGACUACUAUUUCUGAGAUCCUUGGCAGAAGAGUUCAGUUGAAAGGACUUAUUGGAAAGAGAGCUGUGAAAUGUCCCUACUGUGAUUUUUAUUUUAUGAAGAAUGGAUCAGAUCUUCAACGUCAUAUUUGGGCUCAUGAAGGUGUCAAACCCUUCAAGUGUUCUCUCUGUGACUAUGCCACUCGCAGCAAGAGUAACUUGAAAGCCCAUAUGAAUCGUCACAGCACUGAGAAAACACACCUUUGUGAUAUGUGUGGGAAAAAGUUCAAAUCAAAAGGCACUUUGAAGAGCCAUAAACUCCUUCAUACUGCUGAUGGAAAGCAGUUUAAAUGUACAGUGUGUGACUAUACAGCUGCCCAAAAGCCACAGCUUCUACGUCAUAUGGAACAACAUGUGUCUUUCAAGCCUUUCCGUUGUGCACACUGCCACUAUUCCUGCAACAUAUCUGGUUCUCUGAAGAGGCAUUACAACAGAAAGCAUCCUAAUGAAGAGUAUGUAAAUGUAGGGUCUGGGGAGCCUGCAGCAGAAGCCCUUAUCCAACAAGGUGGCAUUAAGUGUCCUGUUUGCAGCUUUGUUUAUGGUACAAAGUGGGAGUUCAACAGACAUCUUAAAAACAAGCAUGGAAUGAAGCUAGUGGAACAUGAUGGGGAGACCAAGUGGGAGUUAACUGCUGAAGUUUCUGAAGAACCAUCCACUCAGUAUCUUCAUAUAACAGAGGCUGGAGAAGAUGUUCAGGGCACUCAAGCUGCCGUAGCUGCAUUACAGAACCUUAGAUACACUUCUGAGAAUGGUGAAAGACUUGAUCCAACAGCUGUAAACAUCCUUCAGCAAAUCAUCGAGUUGGGUUCGGAAACCCAUGAUGCCACAGCAGUUGCUUCUGUAGUUACCAUGGCACCUGGCACUGUGACUGUGGUAAAGCAGGUAAAAGAAGAGGAGCAAUCAGCCAAUCACACUUUGAUGAUUCAAGAGACACUGCAGCAGGCUUCAGUAGAGCUGUCUGAACAACAUCACCUGGUUGUCUCGUCAGAUGAAGUGGAGGGAAUUGAGACAGUGACUGUCUACACACAGGGUGGAGAGGCUUCAGAAUUCAUAGUUUAUGUUCAGGAAGCUAUGCAGCCUAUAGAAGAACAAACUGUGGAACAAUCAGUGCAGGAGCUCUAAAGAACAGUGUUCAAAGGGGAUGGCUACUGGAUUUGCCAAACCCACAAGUUUGUGGUUUUUUACCUGUCUGAAAGGAAGCAAACUGACAAAUUUUGAACUAGUUUGUGAAGUGGGGCCUUGUUACUAGACAGUGGUCUGACUAAUUGGAUUGUAUCAGUAGCUUAGACUUUUUUCAGUCUAAGAAAUGUUCAUAAUUUGAGGAAGAAGUAUUCUUCCCCUUCUUUGAACAUCUCUCACAUGAUAUCCGUAAACCCCCACAAAUAUUAUCUGUUCAAAACUGUGUUGCCCCACAUUAAUGAAACAUCUAUAAAAGUAGCUACAAUGUUUAGAAAAGUCCAUACAUCCUGUUUUAUACAUACUUAAAAUGUGCUUGACUUGGUUGGAAGCAGAAUUGUUUUGCUUUAAACUAGAAGGGCUUCUUAUUUCUGAGUGUAUACUUAGAACGUAUUUGCCGAGUUGUGGAUCUAAUCCAAAGAAAGGCUCAAGACUUUAAUUAGAAACAACACAGAUGGACUGUAGUUUUUGCUUGUGAGAUGAUCCUUUGAGUUUGGGAGGUAUUUAAAGCCAUAUAUGAUAAUUCUGGGUACCAGUAGGAUGACUGUCAUUUAGAUGAUUGAAUAAUGCUAACUCUUUCCAUCCCACUGGAUAAAUUCCUUUCUAGUACCAUGUGAUGAAACCAAAUCUGUCAAAUCAGUGAAAUAUGCUCUUUGUUUUUAAGAAAAAAAAUAUAUAUUGAAAUGAUUUGUAAAUGCUACAAAAUAUGUAUGUUCAUAUGUUUUUAAAAGACAUGCUUGUAAAUAUGAUUGUGUGAAAGAACUUGUACAAAAUACUUAAGUAAAUAUUGACAGGAAUCUAGAUAUUCUUAA